AUGGAGCAGCCACCAGUUAAAACAGCCAAACAAUUAGAAAAGGAUGCCAAGAAAUUGGCCAAGUUGGAAAAGUUUAAGCAAAAACAAGAUCAAAAACAAAAUGCCCCAAAAGAAGAAGUAUGUACUUAGUACUAACCUAUUAUAUUUAUUUUACUUUAGUAAAAAAUAAUAGAUUUACAUAGUUUAUUUGAUGAACAUUCAACUAGGUUCUUAUUGUCGAAUAGUCUUAAGAAUAAUUUAUAAUAUCUCUUAAGACUUUAACUGUAGGUAUAUUCUGUUUCACAUAAAGAAAGUUAAUUAAAACAUGCAUAUUUUGCAUUCCUUCUAUAGAAUUCAGUUAACAUUUUUAUAAUUAAAAACAAAAUUAUAUAAAAAGCUUCUACAGAACUUCUUACACAGAGGAGUCACGGAAGAUGAUUAAUAAAAUAUCACCAACACCCCUGGAUGAAUCUAAGUCAAAUUUAGUGUUGAUUGUUUUAAACAGUUCAAAAAAUAACUCUAAAUGUUGGACACAAAAAUAUUUUUAUUGUAUAGAUUGUAUCUAUAAAACAGUAAUAUUUUUUUAUUAAUAGGAAUAAAAAAAUCAAUGUUAACAAUCAGUUUAAAAACUCAGAAAUUAAGGGAAAAGUAUUUAAUAUAUAGUAAUUUAUUGGUUAGAUAUUUUUCAAGUAACAAUUGUGGUUUUAUACCUGGGAUCAAGUUAUAUUUUUAAAUCUUUUAUUUAAGGAAUUAAUAACAUUAUUGAACCUUGAAUUAUUUGUUGUUUACACACUAAUGGCAUGUUAAUAUUACCAUUAUAUAUAUAUUCUGUUAUAUUACUUACGUUUUUGUUUACAUUAUCAGAAAAAAGAAAAAAAGAAGCCAAUCAAUAAAGAAAAAGGAGUUAUAUUGUAUGAACAAGAUACUAAACCAGGUGAUAAAAAAGAUAUUGCGUGCCCAAUGCCUGAUUCAUAUAGUCCUAGAUAUGUUGAAGCUGCAUGGUAUAGUUGGUGGGAAAAAGAAGGAUUUUUCAAACCAGAAUAUGGAGUAAUUAUGUAUAUUUUUUUUAUUAUACAUUGCCAUAGUAAAUAUUAUAUUACAGUUAUAGUAUCUGUGUUGCUGCUAAUGAGUAUUUCAAAAUUACACACCGUUUAAUGUUUGUAAUUAUGUGUUAGUACAUAACUUAGUUAUAGUAUUGUAUAGUAUUUUCAAUUACUAUCAAUGAUUAUUAUACCUAAUUUUCACGAAAUACAAUAUUAAUAUUUACUUGGAACAUUUUGGUACUGGUCUCAUGUACUUAUAUGCAAUUUGUAAACAGUUUACUGGUCUCAUAUGCAAUCUACAAUUUACUAUCAAUUUAUCAGUUUUACUACAAAAUUAUAUUUUCAUUCUUCUGCCAGUUAAACAUAUUAUUAUUCAUUAUAUAGUCUCCAUUUUUUCGUUGACUAUUAAUACAUUAUUGUUACUUUUUUCUUGUCGUUUUUAUUAUUCUUAUAAUUAUAUCAACUUUUGAACUCAACCAUAGGUAAUUUAUACAAGGAAUAUUAUUUGGGAUGAAGUACAAUGUGUACCGUAUUUAAGUAAACAGAGUAAAAACUAAUUACCUAUACGUUAGUACCUGGAGAUAUGAUGGAGAUGAUAUUGAAAAUGAAGACAAAAAUUAUGAAAACAGAGAUAUGAAUCCUAACAACAGUUAUGAUUCACUAAUAGAGGGCCCUUAAGUUUUUGGCUUAUGUUGGCCACAUAAUAAGAUUUUAGAAGACAAUGUAUUAUUAUUAAAAAAGGAGAUGCGAAAACCUUUUUGUUCAUAAUUAUGAGCGAAGUAAAAUUACAAACUACUAUUUACAGUAAAUUGAAAGCAUAUUCAAAUUUAAAUCAACUUAGAUUUAUCUGUAAAACUGUUAAUCACAAUAAAAAUUGAACCAAUAAACUGGAAUCUAAUACUCACAUCUAGAACAUUGAAUGUGUAUGGCGUUAUACAAAACAAAAUUGUAAUAUACAAGUUAAUGGAGCCUAUUUGCUUAGAAUGUGGUUAUAAGAAGAAUGGUGAAAUGUAACCACCAAAAAAUGUAAUUUUUAAAAAGUUUCUUAAUGACAGAGUAACCUUUUGUGAGUAAUACUUUUUAAUUUUAAUAUUAUAUCGUGUACUAUUCAUUUUUCAUAAAUAUUUAAUAUAAAUUUAUUUUAAUAAUUAUAAAACAUAUUUUUCUUUUGUUUAAUAUCGGUAGAACAUCUACAAGACCAGUGAGCAAAAUGUAGAUUGCAUAUGUAUAUUAGUUGUAAUUUUUUUUUUCUGUUUAAUAUGUAUGUUCAAAUGUUUUUAUAUUUUAGAAAAAUAAUUUAUUAGAAGAAAACCCAAAUGGAAAAUUCAUUAUGAUUAUACCUCCACCUAAUGUGACUGGAUCAUUACAUUUGGGACACGCUCUCACUAAUGCAGUAGAAGAUGCUCUUACUCGUUGGUGUGUUUGACAUUUUAUUAUAUUUUAAUUUUAAAUAAACAUCAUAUCUUUGAUAUUUUUAAUAUUAGGAAUAGAAUGAAUGGAAAAACUACUCUGUGGAAUCCUGGUUGUGACCAUGCAGGUAUUGCUACUCAAGUAGUGGUUGAGAAAAAGUUGUGGAGAGAAGAAAAAAAAACUAGACAUGAUAUUGGCCGUGAAAAGUUUAUUGAAAAAAUAUGGGAUUGGAAAAAAGAGUUCGUAUUUAAUGUAGAGAUCUAAUUUAUUAAUACUAAAAGUUACAAUGUGUUUUAGAAAAGGUGACCGUAUAUAUGUGCAACUUAAAUUACUAGGAUCCUCUUUGGAUUGGGACCGUGCAUGUUUCACUAUGGACCCAAAGCUCAGCCAUGCAGUCACAGAAGCUUUUAUACGUUUACAUGAAAGCGGUGAUAUAUACAGAAGUAACCGUUUAGUAAAUUGGUCAUGUGCUUUAAAAAGUGCAAUCUCUGAUAUUGAGGUUAAUUAUACUUAUAGAUUGUUUUUAUUGUUAUCAUUAAUAUUAUUGAAGUUACAAUAAAAUCCAUUACACUAUUUAAUUAUAAUAAUGUGGUAUAUAAAAAUAGUAAACAAUGUUUGUAUGCUAUUUUUUAUUUUCUAAUUUCUAAAUCCAUUCUAUAAUUUAUAGGUUGACAAAACUGAACUACCUGGUCGCACUUUCUUAACCAUACCAGGUUACACAGAAAAAGUUGAAUUUGGUGUUCUUGUAUCUUUUGCUUAUGAAGUAAUUGGAGAAAAUGAAAAAAUUAUUGUUGCUACCACUAGGAUUGAAACUAUGUUAGGAGAUACGGCGAUAGCUGUUCAUCCGACUGAUCCUAGAUAUAUUCAUUUACAUGGUAAAUUUGUGCAACAUCCAUUCUGUGACCGAAAAUUACCUAUAGUUUGUGAUGAUUUUGUGGAAAAAGAAUUUGGAACAGGUUAGUUUUCUCUUAAAUAACAUAUAACAAUAAUAUUUUGUUAUUAAAUUAUAUUUAAUUGCAGGUGCUGUAAAAAUAACGCCCGCUCAUGACCCUAAUGACUAUGAAGUUGGUAAACGUCUUAAUUUACCUUUCAUUACAAUAUUUAAUGAUGAUGGUGUAAUCAUUGGUGAUUGUACUCAAUUUAAUGUUAGCAUCCCUGAAGAAAUUUUUGGUUUUGAACUAUUUAAUAACAAUUUAUUUUAUUAUUAAAAGGGAAUGAAAAGAUUUGAAGCUCGUAAAGCUGUAUUAGAAACAUUAAAACAAAAGAAUCUUUAUAUUGAAACAGUUGACAAUCCAAUGGUUGUACCUAUUUGUAGUCGAUCUAAAGAUGUGGUUGAACCACUAAUUAAACCCCAAUGGUACAUUCGUUGCGACCAAAUGGCUAAACAAGCGUCAGAAGUAGUCACAAAUGGGGAGCUCAAAAUUAUUCCAUCUCAACACAAUAAAACUUGGUUCCAUUGGAUGGAAAACAUUAGGUAAUAAAAUAUUAUUUACAAAUUAAACAUAUUAUUUCAUAAUAAUUAUUAUUAAUUGCAUUAUUAUUAUUUUUAGAGAUUGGUGUAUAUCAAGACAACUUUGGUGGGGUCAUCGAAUCCCAGCAUAUUUUGUUACUAUUGAUAAUAAUGAACUUCAGCAACCUGUAAGUUAGUGCAUUAAAUUAAAACAUGAAUAUUAUAAUUAAAAAAUUAAAAUUAAAAUAUUUAGCUUAAUGAAGAGGAUUGUUGGGUAAGUGCAUAUACUAAGGAAGAAGCCUUAGACAAAGCUGUAAAAAAAUUCAAUGUACCAAAAGAGAAAAUUACCCUUAAACAAGAUGAUGAUGUUUUAGAUACUUGGUUUUCAUCUGCUUUGUUUCCAUUUUCUAUAUUUGGAUGGCCCGAUAAAGUUAGUUAUUGUAAUUUAUUAAAUUCUGUUUUGUGUAAUAUAAAUUUAUAAAUAAUUUAUUUUUAGACAAACGAUUUAAAGGUGUUUUUCCCUGGUACUCUAUUAGAAACUGGAUAUGAUAUUUUGUUCUUUUGGGUAGCGCGAAUGGUUUUCUUUUCUCAGCGUUUAAUGGGUUGCUUGCCAUUUAAGUAAGUAUAAUAUUGACUACUAGGGAUUAAUUAAACCAAUAACCAGGACUCGGAUUUUAUAGCAUUUGCUAAUUAUAGAAUAAAUAUAAAAAUAGGAGAGUAAGCUUUACAUUUAUUUUAUGCACCAGAGACUCCAAAUAUUACAUUUGUUACAUUUGUGGAAUAUUUAAAUUCAGUUAUAUAGAUUAGAUUUUUUUAAGGAAAUACAUUAAUAAAUUAUAGUUUUUAAUUUUUAAAAUAUCUUCUAGUUUCGUUGGCUCUGGAAGAAUUUUUCUCUCUUCGAUUAUGUAUGGGCAUUCGAGGAGGAGGUGUUUUAUGGAUAUUAAAGAUGUGUUGCAGAAUUCCACAUGUGUUCUUUUUUCAUUAGGUGUGCAUGGGUGAUGUUUGUUAGAAAACCUGGUUCUUUAGGUUAGAAAAGCUUGAACGUUAUUGUCAACCAUUUUUAUCUAUUUUUGUUAUUAUUAAUAUACCUUGAAGGGUAAAGGGAACUGGCAAAUAAGUAAAUUGAGAUAGCAUUUUCCUUGUCUGCUAGUCUUUAAAGUAAAUUUGUGACUGAGCAUAUUGCAUUUUAUAUCAAGUGGAGGUGUAUAUGCUUUGUAUAGGAUACUUGAUAUGGGACUGGAUUCACAGGCACUAAUGCUCUGUCUGAUCCCUAAGAUCUUUAGGUCAUUUGAGUGAGGAAUUGUAAUGUUAUUCAUGUACAGAGGAAGAAGGAUGUCUAUAUAUUUUUUGUAUGAGAAACUCUAAGAUUUUUCCCAUUUGCUAAUUUCUUCAAUUCUUCAUUUUCCAUGAGGGCUUAUGACGUGUUUAUAUUUCUUUUACUAUAUAUUGCUGUCGUUACCAAACAUAAUGGUUUUGUAAGGAAUUUGUAUUAUACUGGGUAAUUUAUUAAUAACUAUUAUAAAAAGUGUGACGCUUAUACUUGAUCCUAUAUGUCAUUUUGGAAUCUAUAGUAACAGGAGUAAGGUUCAUUUAAUUUCACUGAAAAUGAUAGUUCAGAUAAAAAUGUAAGAUUUAGGCGAGUAUAUUACCGUUAAUUUUUUGUUUCUAUAGUAUGUCUAGCACACGAGAGUGCCAAAUUAUAUGGUAGCCUUUUUCAAUUUCAAGUUAAGUUAAUAUGAAAAAAUAUUUGAUGUUAAAGGCUGAGUUAUGUCUCCUGUUAUUAUUGUUGAGGCAUCUAUAGUCGAUUUUUUCCUUUGAAAGCCAAAUUGUUGGUUACUGAUAAAAAUAAUUUUUUAGUGUCCAAUAUAACUUUUUUCUAAUAAUUUGCUCAGGGUACAUAUUAAGGAUAUAUAGGACGGUAAGAAGUAACUUCAUAACAAUCUUCGUUUGGUUUAAGUAUUGGUAUAAUAAUUGCUUUUUUCCAAGAUGAGAGGAUGGGAAUAUUAAAUUGUAAAUUUUUAAUAGUAUAGAAGAUGGCUUUGUAAAGGAGUUCCUUAAUAAAUAUGUAUGCAAUUUUAUCAUGGCCAGUGCUGUGUUUUGAAUUGUUUAUGGAAAAAGCAUCAUAGAUUUUUUGUAAAUUAAUUAAAGUGUUUAUUAUUUGGUUGUUAUCGUUUUUGUAUAUGAUUGGGUUGUUGAUUGACUAAUUGAUUUUGAUUUUCUGAAUUCAGAGUAGAAAUUUUCGUCCCUGUUGUUUUUUCCAAAAAGUUAAACAAGAGCUUUAGGUUUUUCUAAUGUUAGGUUAUAUGUUUUGUCUCCUUUUUUAAAAGUGUUUGAGUGGUUUCAUUGAAUUGAAUGCCUUCUAUUAGUCAGAUUUUUUUCCAUGCUUCUUUAAUGGGACUUAUUGAGGUUUACAUAAUUUAUAAGUUUUUUCCGAGAUUUUGUUUUUUGAUGGUUAAUAAUUCUCCUUGAUUGUGCUUUGGCUUUUUUCAGGUUAAUGUGGUCUGGGGUUAUUUUUUUUUCUUUAUAUCUAUUGAGUGCUUUCUUAUAAUCUGUUUAUGGUAUUACUACAUUCUUUGGACCACCAAGGAACAGGAAUUUUUUCAGGGUAUAUUAUUGUUUUCCCAAUGGAAAUGUUUGUUUAUGGGCUGCUUCUAUUAUGAUUGAAGUAAAUUUUUUUUACAAUUAAAUCAAUGUUUUCUGGGUUUAGUUUGUUGAUGAGUAUUUAGUUUUCUGAUAUAGAAUUAUCUAUUGUGUCAGAGAAAAGCAUCCAAUUUGGGUUUUUUAAGUUCCAUUUAUUUAUAAUAAAAUUGUGAGAGUUUCUUUGAAAUAUUUUAAUUAAUAUUAGCCAAUGAUCCCUACAGAAAUAGUCUUGUUUUGACUUUCCACGAGAGAUAAGGGGAAAUUUAAGGGUAUGCUAAGAGGUAAAUUGCUAAAAAGGUCCCAUUGGAAGAAUUAUGACGUGUAGAAACUCCAUUAUUAUAUAAGAAUUUUAUAUUGCUUUUUUUUUUGUAAAUUUAAAGUAUUUCAAUUUUUAAUGUAAUUUUUCAUAAAUAGUAAAAGAAAUCUGUCAUAUGAAACCAUAAGAAAAAUUCUUACAUUUUUAUUUCAUAUUAUAAUCUAUUUUUAAGUAGCUGGACAAAUAUCCAUAAAACAGUCUACAUUUAUGACUUCCUACAAGUUUUAUUUAUUUAGUAUUUAAAAAAUAAAUACAUUUUUUUUAUUUUAGCUUUUUUUCAUAUUUUUAUGAAAAUAUAGCUUAUUUUAAGUUAUUAUGGCAUAUAUUUCAGGUAUUUUCAGUGCUAUGAAAUCCGAGCUCUGAUAAUAAUUAAUACUAUAUUUAUGUUCAGUAGUUUUUCAUCUUUAAGCUUCAGUAUUAGUAAAGGUUACUUAUAAUAUAAUAAGUAGUUUUAAAGGUAUUUUAAUUUUUUUUUAAAUGAACUAUAUUUAUAAUUUAGAACAAUAUUCUUGCAUUCCAUUGUACGUGAUGCUCAUGGCCGUAAAAUGAGCAAAUCAUUGGGUAAUGUUGUUGAUCCAAUAGACGUUAUUAAAGGCAUAUCCUUGGAAGAUUUAAACAAACAACUGUAUGAUAGUAAUUUGGACCCAAAAGAAGUAGAAAAAGCUAAAGCUGGGCAGAAACAAGACUAUCCUAAUGGAAUCCCAGAGUGCGGAACGGAUGCAUUACGUUUUGCUCUAUGUUCAUACAUGUCUCAAGGUAAAUUAUAUAAAUAUAAAUAUAUACAUUGAAAUAUUUACAAAAUUAUUACUUGGAUUAUUUAUAUGCUAUAUAGGACAUGAUAUAAAUUUGAGUAUUCUUCGUGUACAAGGUUAUCGUUUCUUUUGUAAUAAACUUUGGAAUGCUAUAAAGUUUGCACUUAUGUAUUUCAAAAAGGAAUUUAUACCAUCACCAUUAUCACAAGUAAUAUUCAUGAGAUAAUUUUGUAUAUUAUAUAAAUUACUUAAUCAUUUUAAAAUAAAUCAAAAUUUUCAUAGAAUGGAAAUAUGAGUAACAUGGACAGCUGGAUUUUAAGUCGUUUAACAUUAGCCGUAGAGCUGUGUAACACUUCAUUUGAAAAUUAUGAACUCAAUGGUGCAACAACGGCAUGCUAUAAUUUUUGGUUGUAUGAUUUAUGUGAUAUUUAUUUGGUAAUUGAUUUAAUUAUUAAUUUUAAUUUAUAAUGAAGUAGUUUAAGUUUAUUUCUAUUUCAGGAAUCUCUUAAACCAGUUUUUGCAUCAAACGAAGAUAAUUUAAUUCAAACUGCUCAAAAUGUUUUAUUUUACUGUUUGGACACAGGUUUGCGUUUAUUAUCACCAUUUAUGCCAUUUAUUACUGAAGAACUUUACCAAAGAUUACCUCAUUCUGAUAUUACUAAAUAUCCUAGUAUAUGUGUUGCUUCAUAUCCCAAAACGGUAAGUUAUAUGACACUAAUCAUUUUUGAUUUACAACCUUUUAUCAAAUAUUUAACUGUAUGGAAAUUUUAGAUAAACUAUUCUUGGCGAGAUUUAAAAACGGAAAAUGAGUUUGAAUUCAUUCAGAAAAUUAUACACAGCAUUCGGUCAGCUUUAUCAGAUUAUAAUGUUCCCAAGAGUUCUAAAACUGAAACAUAUAUUAAGUGUUCUGAUGUAGAUACAUUAAAAAUUGUAACUAAAUAUCAAUUUGAAAUUGCUACAUUUGCCAACUGCUGUACAGUGAAACUAAUAGUUUCAUCCUGUACACCAAUUGGAUGCGCUAUUUUACCUGUAUCUGAUAAAUGUCAAGUACAUCUAGUACUGAAGGUUAGUCUAUUAAAUUAUUAUUCAGUAAGAUUUAGUGUUCACAUUGAAAUUUCUUUUAACUAGGGUUUGAUUGAUGCGACCAAGGAAGUAGAAAAGUUAAACAAAAAAAGUGAUUUAUUAACGCAAACUGUAGAGAAACUUCAGAAAGCAAUGAGCGUAGCAGACUAUGAAACUAAAGUUCCUGAAGAUGUGAGAAAUACAAAUAAGGAAAAACUUAAACAGUCACAAGAUGAAUUAGAUAGACUUGUUGAAGCAAUUGGAGUACUUAAAUUAAUGGAAUAA